AUGCAGAGAACUUCUGACUUUCGAGCGCAUCCUUCAAGGAAUUCCGCAUCACCUGGUCGAGCCCCCAGAACCGGUAGCAGCAAAACCAGAGCUAAACGCCCUGAGCGCAAGCUCUGCAAAAAUGACCCGGACCCUCUUUCUUUUGACGACUGGCUUGACGAAGAAGCCCGCUAUAGUGCUAAAAAAUAUUCUGAAAAAUUCGCUAGUAGUAGGCGGGAAAUAGAGGCAGAAUAA